UCGCCGAAAGAAUUGAGAUUCAACAUUCGAGAUUCCGAGAUUUCAUUGCUCCUUAAUGUUGAAUAGCAACUGCCAUUAAGGCUCUGGAUGUACGUACCCAGGUACCUAAAAGUGUAAACUACCACCAUUCACCAAAAAAGAAGAAGAAAAAAUAAACAGCCCUGCACUCGAUAACGACUUUUCUCUCGCUGGGAGAGGCACAGGCAGGCAGGUAGGCGGCUUUGGCUGCAUUGCUCCCAGAUGGAAGCUGCAACCCGUCGGCUCGACAUUGAGCGCGGCAAGUGCAAGUGCAAGAACGCAGCUGGUGAAGCUAAUGCCUUGAAAUAGUCCAAGCUCCCACCCAGCUCCACUGAUUUCGCCUCGCUGGCAGGAGCAGAAGGGGAGGGGUACAUAAUCCACAUGCAAAUCUCGCUGCAUGCGCAGGUCUCACCUGCACUGUGGGCCUAAACUUGAUCAAACAAACUCCAGCCAACCUUGCUCCUUCCGGCCGGCCAGACUCACUUGCGCACUGCACCUGCAACCUGCACCUGCACCUACCUGCUCCUGCUCCUGCUCUCCGGGCCCCUCCACCCUCCCGCCCUUACCUUCUCACUCCCCUACCAGCGCGUCCAGAGUCUAUCAAAGUCUACCGCCCAUCAUCCACUACAGGUCGAGACCAGACAACAACAGCCCUGCUUGCUGUCGUUCCUUGCCGAUUCUCCCUUGACCAGCUUGAUCUGUGCGUUCACGCUCGGGAUUUGCGCAAGCGCUGCUGCUGCUGCUGUUGCUGAUGAUAUUAUUACUGCUGCUGUUGGGGCACUAAGGAAACACACUGCUCCCGUACUUGAUUAGACCAGGCCAAGUCCUCCUCCGUCACAGCCAGUCUCCUCGUGUCUAUCUAUUCGACAAUCAGCAUCACCAACGACGCACGCCCAGACUUUUUAACACCAAUUUCUAGACUUCUUUUCCACCAGACUCUGUCUUAUCCUCGCCCCGUUCCACGCCCAGUUUACACUUCGUACCGCGCUCUGCUUUCUCUCUCUUAGCCCCCCGCAUUCAGCUGCCUGUGCCUGUCUGCACAUCGACUAUGAGGCGACUACAAACAUAAACUACCAGCGUACCUUUUCCAUCCAGUCUUCGUCAUCUUACUGUACAUUACCAUUCGCGAACCAAGCUCAGCUUCCCCCCAGUUAUCGCCCCUAUUGCAGCAACAGCUGUCAUCCCGGUCGACUAAGGACAUCACCUGCUCACCGACACGGUCUGCCGUCACCUAGACUCUAGACCCUCGACUCGCGCCGCCGCUACGCCCCACACACCCCGUUUUCACGGCUUCGUCGACAGCAACACCAUCCUCGGGCUUUUCUGUGCCUUGUGAGGCCCCGCAAGCCUUGGCAGAACCGCCUCCUCGGCUGUAUUUGGAUUCCCCUUGCCAUAAGAGAGCCCCGUCUUUCCCACGCCGCGCUUGCUAACAUUGCCUCGUUGGCAUUGCUGCGCAUCUCUUCGAAUCCAAAUAACCUUUGCGCCAGCCUCUCUUCCAACCUUGGAAAACGACCCAACGAAAGAACUUCGCCAUACUCCUCUUGAUUCAGCUUUGCGUGCAACGAAAGCUACCCCCCAGCACCAGCACACACCGGAACUACACACCUCGAAUCCCCUCCGCUCAUACGUAUCCUACUGUCUCUCGCACACCCAUCCGUUCUUCAUACCUCUCGUCAUUGCUCCGUAUCCUGCUUUCCACACAGCAUACCAGACUGCGAGACGCUCUGACGCCUGACGGUCCCCGUUCGAACCACCAACUCGAGUCGACAGGCGCCCCUUUCCAUCUUUAGACGGUGUAGUCAGUCCACCACCAUCUGUCAUCUGAGCGCGCCAAACACCAUUUGAGCGUUUGGCACUCUGCUUUUCAGCCCUUUCCCGGACACCUCGUCCCACAGUCCCCCUUUGGCCCUUUGCAUUCCCAAUUGCAGAGACUCCAAUGAGACCAUCCGAAAAUUGGCGCAGCGUAUUUCUGCUUCCGCAAAGCGGCAAGAAGAAGAAGAAGACCAAGGGCAGCAAAGAUAGUCCUUCCCCACCGUCGCCGAAAUCGUCCUUUCCGAAACCUCAGUGGGAAUCCCAGGCCUCUCAGCAACAGCAGCACCAGCAGCAACAGCAGCGUCGACACACAAUGUCAGGGCCUACCCCGCGGUCGAUGCUCGACAUCCAAAGCCCCGAUUCCGAUGUCUCGCCCAAGACCCAGGUGCAGCCUUCCGGCAAGGCAGAAUCGGACUACUUCACCGUCGAGUCACAACCGCAAAGGAAAGAAGAGGAAACCAAGGGCGGCGACGCUGAACCCUUGAGCCGCGUGACGACGCUCUCGAGUAUUGCUAGUCCUUCCCCCCAGAGCACGACGGAGAGUUUCUCGGCCGAAUGGCCAAGAGCAGAAUCGUUUGGAGGAAGACCUAGAGGGUCAUCGGUCGCGUCGUUGGCAUUCGCGCCGCUGCGGAAUCCGUCCCUGCCACAAGGCAGCCAGAAGAAGACGGACAAGGAGCGUAUCAGAGCAUCGUCUCCUCCCCCCGAAAGAUUCCAGUCACAUGUCGCAUUCGACAACCUGCCGCUGGGCGAAGCGACCAAGAGCAACACGCUCUCGCUGACACUGGAUGUCAGACACAAGGGCUACCAAGCGCAACGACGAUCUCGCACCUUCAUGGUAGGCGUCGACGAACAUGCCUAUUCCGAUUAUGCGCUGCAAUGGCUUCUCGACGAGCUUGUCGACGACGGAGACGAAGUUGUGUGUGUGCGCGUGAUCGAGAAGGAGCUCCGCGCUGCCGAGACCAACAAGGCGUACCAGGACGAGGCGCAAAAGAUCAUGGACAGCAUUGUUAAGCGCAAUGGCCUGAACCGUGCAAUCAAAAUUGUGCUGGAAUACGCCAGCGGCAAGCUGCACGCGACGUUUCAGCAACUGAUCCAAAUGCAUCAACCUGCCAUGCUCAUCGUAGGUACGAGAGGGAGGUCGCUGGGCGGCAUACAGGGACUGGUGAACACGCGUAACUCUUUCUCUAAAUACUGCUUGCAGUAUUCGCCCGUCCCCGUUGUUGUCGUUCGACCAACAGAAAAGCGGGAGAAGAAGAAGUCUAAGAGGAAGAACGACUCUGAACGCCAAACUUACGUCCGGAUGCUUUCGGCGACAGGCGGAAAGCACGAGGCCGACAGUGAGAGGAGCAGCAUGUACAACGUGGAGGUGCACAACACGGCGGACGAGGAGGCCCACCAGGUCGCCAAAGCGCUAGGACUCCCGGCAGCCUUCGAUCCGACCAUCAAGCCGGUCGACUUGAACGCUCUGCUGCAUCCCCGACAGCAGUCCACGGCGUCCAACCUCUCGCAAUCGAGCACAGCGGGCCCCAGCAGAUCGUCUGCGCCGCCUAGCGCCGCUGGUGACAGCGAUGAUGACGACGAGGACGACGAAGACGAUGAUUUCGAGGUCUUCUCGGGCGGACAAGCCAUCAACUCGGACAAGCUGCACAAGAUGGAGGCCAAUGAGGCGGCAGCCUUCCGACAGAAUCGAAAGACCAGUCUCGACUCCAGCGCCAGCGGUGCGGAUGAUGAUGAUGACGAGGACGAGGACCAAGACGGCGAGUCAAAGGUGUCCCGAAAUAGCAGCAAUAGCUGAGCUGGCGGGUAUGAGGAGCACAACCUUUACCGAGCGGGGAGUUAUUAUCACGAGUUAACGGCUCGUCCACUGUACAUACAGGUGUUAUUGUCUAGAACGGCGUUUUUUUGGCUGACGGCCUGGGUAUGGAUAGCUUUUUAUUUGCUGGGAGCAUGCCGCACAAAAGGCUGCGGGCGAGUUGGCCGGGAGUUGUCCAGGCAUGCGGCACAGUAACACUCCCUCUACAUGGGGUCGACGCAUUGAUACCCGAUAAAAAAAGACAUGAAUAAAAUCGAGGCUGAUGUCAAGGGCUCGGAC